UUGACAUUUAUGAACAAAAUAAAUACAAAGCAUCAACAAGACAUAAAUCACUAAACUGCUUGAGGGUGCGGACUAGAGUAUUGAUUUUAUUUGGCAAAUAAAUUGUCAAUGCCUUUUUAAGGCGUUGCCUGAAGUCACUAUAGUCCUUCAAGAACGCCUGCCUCAUAGCGAGACUAUUUUAAUAGACUCUUAAAGCUGACUAAACAAGGAAAUAUUAUUUAAAAUAACAAUUUUGGUAUAUUAAAAACUGAGCAGUCGUUCCAAGUUAAUCAUUUAAUCAAAAUAAAUACAACAAAAGGCUUAAACUCAUCAUGGGAGAGCGUGUGGAAGAUUACAAGCCCGGUGAUGUACCAUUGGAGGAGACCGAGGAUCGCCGAUUGUUCUGUAAAUUCCACUACAAAGGAGUCCUCACUCUUCUCUUACCCAUAGCAUUGGCUCCCAUUUUGCUUGGACAGCCAGUGAUGGCUUGUCGUUUUAUAUACAUGACAGUAUGCUUGUAUUUAUUUUUUAUCCUUAAUCUAAUGUCCAGAGGCGCUGUUGCCUUUGCCUACGUUGUACUUGCACCCAUAGCGGGCAUUACGGACUCGGCUAAAGUAUGCACCGCCUACUAUACGGAUCUGAUCCUCCUGAUUUAUGGCUGCUCCUUCAUGGCCAUCAUGGUGCAAGUCUCGAGGCUUCACGAGCACCUGGCCUUCAUUGUCAUCCGCUUUGUCGGCAGCAACAUAAAAACACUUCAGCUAUUUUUAGUCGCCGUAGUUUUUUUCCUUGCCUUCUUCGCAAACCCCACGGCAUCUGCCGCUUUUGGGAUUAAAGUGGCCCAAGCCGUGAUGGUGGAAUAUUCAAAUAGCGGCAUUUUGAAGAUGUACUCUGAAGAAAAGCGCUUCGAGCCAGGAAGUGCAGAGUAUCCAACGUUUCCCGUGAUCGGAAUCUACUUGAGCCUCUGCUAUACCGCCACCCUGGCUGGAGCAGUGUCUCCCUUCGUCAAUCCCAAUGGCUCUCUUGUUGACGCUUUCGCUGAGAAGCUAAAAAUUGAACACGUCAUGUUGAUCAUGGCAGGGCCGGUGUUUCUGUGUCUUUGUGUCACAAUUCUUUGGAUUCAAAUCGUGUUCCUCGGCCUUCUAGGAGGCAGUGUUAAGCGCCAGCUAAAUGAAUUGGCUGCCAACCAGAAUGGUUUCGAACAGGCCAUUAAGGACAGGAAAGAGGCCCUGGGCCCCUGGAAUAUCUAUUGCAAAUUGUCUCUCGCCAUGAUCCUGCUUACAUUCAUAGUAAUGCACACUAGAAAGCCACGUAUCUACCCUGGUUGGGAUGAUAUAUCGCCGGAUAUCUGGAGCGGUCUCUCGGUCCAGUCACUGGGCCUCAUUAUCUUUUUCACUGCAAUCCCGGCAAACUAUAUGUUCUGCAGAUAUUACGCCUGCCGACAGCCGGAAAGCCCGGGAACGGCUCCGUCACUCCUUCCCUGGAAGGCCAUCAACAAGUUCACCCCGUGGGGUGAUAUCCUACUGCUAGGAGCCUCCGUCUGCUGUGUCUUCUGUGCCAAAGAGAGUGGCUUAUAUAAGGCUAUUGCCGACGCCAUAUCCGAGCCCAAGCCGGGCGGCUUCCUCCAGUUUCUGUAUGGCGCCUGCUAUGGAACCCUGUUCACGAUUCUCUCUCCGGCGACCACUUUGUGUAAGAUAGCCCUUCCUGUGAUGACCAGUGCUGGUAACAACUUUGCCCUGCCCUUUGCCACCGCACUGCACAACCAGUUUCUGCUGCCCACCAGUGCACCGGCCAACACGAUCGUCGCCGGCUUUGGGAAUGUCAGGCCCUUUCUGUUUUUAUUAGCUGGCAUAGUUCCCACGAUAUUCAUGAUGAUUAUGAUAACCGCCUUCACCUGGAUUUUCUUUGAUUCGGCGCUGCCACAAAAUGAUUGAGAAAAGCUCAUUUGGAUUCAUUCCAUCUUGUCUUUUAAAUAUCAUUUCUAAAUAUCUUCAUAAAUUUAAAUAUCAGUGAGCUUCAUCAAAAAUUUAUAAUAAUUAGUAAAAUUUGCUAAGUCUAAAAUGUAAAUUGUAUUUUUAAAGUAAAACUGUCAUAUUUUAUCAUUGAAAA